GAAGGCAGAGGUGUCUGCUGCUGCUGCUGCUGCUGCGGCGUCUCAGAGACGUAUUAGACUUUUUCCCAGAGCGAAAGCGGCUGUUUUGGGACUGAUUUGACCCGAGCAAACCUCCUGGAGCCUUUGGACUCGAUGGGAAUAUCAGACAAUUAGCCUCCGAGGAAGGUUGGCUGCUGCUGCUUCAUGAUGCACGGAGGAAGAAGGUGGACGAGUUAACCUGAAGCCACAGCCUGUCACGGAGCACACAGUGUCUCUCUAGCCCCCACCACCCACUGCCACCAUGUUUAAGAACAGCCUGAAGAUGCUGCUGGGGGGCAAGGCCAACAGGAAGAGCCGCAACAGCAGCGAUGGAGGGAGCGAGGAACCCAGCGAGCUGCGGAGUGCCAGCAUGGACCCCCACCACAGCCUGGUCGGCCAAGGGGGCAGUAUAGACAGUGACUGUGCCUUUGAGGGCGACUACGGCGUUCCUCCUCUCUCCAUGGCCGAGGGGCUCCAGCACAUCCGGAUCAUGGAGGGCGUGUCCCGCUCCCUGCCCUCCUCUCCGCUCCUCACCCACCAGACGGUCAGUGUGCGCCUACAGCCGGUCAAGAAGAUCAGCGGCGCAGCCACAGCUCCGGUGCGGAAAGCUAAGUUUGUGGAGAGCCCCCGCAUUCCCGAGUCCGCCCUCAGCUUCCCUACACCCACUCCUCCCGCCACACGGACCCCCAACUGGGACCCACACCGGCCCGGGGGGUUAGGUCCAGACCUCGGCCCCCCUCCCUCUGUAGACGAGGCUGCCAACACGUUGAUGACUCGGCUGGGCUUCCUGCUCGGAGACAAAGUGAGCGAGGGGCCUCAGGGGCCACAGUACAGCAUGGAGGAGUCCGAUGACCUGCAGGGUGUGGGUGUGAGUGGUAGGAUGAGUCCGUGCUCCACGCUGACCAGCAGCACAGCGUCUCCUCCGGGCUGCAGCCCCUGUUCCACUCUGCCCCCCGCGGCUCCAGGACAGCCCCUCACCAGCCCCACCUCCACACUGGAGAGCAGAGACAGCGGCAUCAUCGCCACUCUGACCAGUUACUCGGAGCCUGCGGAUCGUAAACAUGGUGAGGGCUUGCGGGCCAGCAGUCUGAAGCUGUGGCACUCUCACCGCGCCACGCUGGACUCCAGCCUGUACCGUGUGGACGAGAACAUGGCCGCUUCCACGCACAGCCUCAACAAGAUCCCUGAGCCUGGCUCCACACACCACUCCUCUCACCCCACCCCCCUCUACCUCAUGCCCCGUCCCAACUCUGUGGCAGCCACCAGUUCGGCUCACCUGGAGGACCUGGCCUACCUGGAUGAGCAGAGACACGCCCCCCUGCGUACCUCCCUGCGCAUGCCCCGCCAGAACAGCAUGGCCUCUGGACGCUCCGGUCAGGACCUCCGAGCCUCUGCUAACCCCCCCGCCUGGCAGUCUCAGUCACUGCGGUUCGCUCCGUACAGACUGCAGGACAUUGCUCUGAAGCCGCUGCUCUUCGAAGUGCCCAGUAUAACGAUGGACUCUGUCUUUACGGGCAGAGACUGGCUCUUUCAGGAGAUUGACGCACAGCUGGGCAGCGCCAACCCCACCACCAACCAUGGGGUGGUCCUGGUGGGCAACAUUGGCUUCGGCAAGACGGCCAUCAUCUCUCGUCUGGUGGCCCUCAGCUGCCACGGCAACCGCAUGAGACAGAUCGCCUCCGACAGUCCACAGGCAUCGCCCAAACAUGGAGAUGGUCUCCCUCUUACCCAGCCUCAGCCCUCCCAUGGAACUCUGGGGGGUGGCAGCUGCCCCGGGACACCAGAGAUGAGGAGGAGACAGGAGGAGGCCAUGAGGAGGCUCGCAUCUCAGGUGGUGGCAUAUCACUACUGCCAGGCAGACAACGCCUACACCUGCCUGGUCCCGGAGUUUGUGCACAACGUGGCGGCGCUGUUGUGUCGUUCACCGCAGCUCAGUGCCUACAGAGAGCUGCUGCUGAGGGAACCGCAUGUCCAGAGCAUGCUCAGCCUGCGCUCCUGCGUCCAGGACCCACUGAAUGCCUUCAGGCGAGGAGUCCUCGAGCCACUGGACGCACUUUACAAAGAGAGGAAGAUCACUGUGGAUGAAGACUUCAUCAUCCUUAUAGACGGACUUAAUGAAGCAGAAUUCCACAAGCCUGAUUACGGCGACACCAUCGUCUCCUUCCUCUGUAAGACCAUCAGCGGCUUUCCAGCCUGGCUCAAACUCGUGGUGACUGUCAGAACCUCACUGCAGGACAUCACCAAGCCGCUCCCGUUCCACCGCAUCUCUCUGGACGCCCUGGAGGAGAACGACGCCAUUGACCAGGACCUGCAGGGCUACAUCCUGCACCGCAUCCACAGCAGCGCCGAGAUCCAGAACAACAUCUCGCUCAAUGGCAAGAUGGACAACACCAGCUUCGGCAAGCUGAGUGCCCACCUGAAGGCCCUGAGCCAGGGCUCCUACCUCUACCUGAAGCUGACCUUCGACCUGAUCGAGCGCGGAUACCUGGUGCUCAAGAGCUCCAGUUAUAAGGUGGUCCCCGUCAGCUUGGCCGAGGUUUACCUGCUGCAGUGCAACAUGCGCUUCCCCACGCAGUCGUCCUUCGAGAGGGCCCUGCCGCUGCUCAACGUAGCCCUGGCCUCACUGCACCCGCUCACCGACGAGCAGAUCUACCAGGCCAUCAACGCCGGCUCCCUGCAGGGCACGCUGGAGUGGGACGACUUCCAACAGAGGAUGGACAACCUGGCUGUCUUCCUAGUGAAGAGGCGGGACGGCACACGCAUGUUUGUACACCCCUCCUUCAGGGAGUGGCUGAUCUGGAGGGAGGAAGGGGAGAAGACCAAGUUCCUUUGUGAUCCCAGGAACGGCCACACUCUGCUGGCCUUCUGGUUCUCCAGACAGCAGAACAAGCUCAACAGACAACAGACUAUAGAACUAGGACACCAUAUUCUAAAAGCACAUAUAUUUAAGGGCCUGAGUAAGAAGGUGGGGGUCUCCUCAUCCAUCCUGCAGGGACUGUGGGUGUCUUACAGCACCGAGAGUUUGUCCACUGCUUUGUCAUCCUUGAGAAACCUCUACACCCCUAACAUUAAGGUGUCCCGGCUGCUGAUGAUGGGAGGGGCGAAUGUGAACUAUCGCACGGAGGUGUUGAACAAUGCUCCAGUGCUCUGCGUGCAUGCCCACCUGGGAUACAUGGACAUGGUGAACCUGCUGCUGGAGUUCGGGGCCAGCGUGGACUCGCCGUCCGAGAGUGGAAUGACCCCGCUGAGCUACGCUGCCGCCGCUGGACACCUGAGUAUAGUGACCACAUUCUGCAAGAAGAGGGCCAAGCUUGACCACCUGGACAGGAACGGUCAGUGUGCUCUGGUGCACGCAGCUCUGCGGGGCCACAUAGAGUUGGUGAAGUUCCUGCUGCAGAGUGACUGGGGGACGGGGGCGAAGCACAAGCAGCUGCAGAGCCCUUCGCCAACACAGUCACAACCGCAGUCACAGCCCUCCAGCCCUGAGCAGGCCCAGGCGGAGGCGGAGCAGGUGGAGACCUCGGAGGAGGAGGAGAGAGAGGCCGAAGUGACCUCAGAGCAGCCUGAGGCCGAGGACGAAUCCCAGCAAAAGAUCCAGCAGCCUCAGCCUCCACAGCAGCCUCAAACCCAGCCUCAGACUCAGACUCAAAGUCAGACCUCGCAGGCAGCCUUCAGUAAGAGCCACGCAGUGCAGCAGGCGCUGGUCGCAGCAGCCAGUAUGGGCUUCAUUGAGAUUGUGUCCUACCUGCUGGACCUGCCUGAGAAGGAUGAAGAGGAGACUGAGCGCGCUCAGAUCAACAACUAUGACUCUCUGUGGGGGGAGACAGCGCUGACUGCAGCGGCAGGCCGGGGGAAGCUGGACGUUUGCCGGCUGCUGCUGGAGCAGGGCUCUGCUGUGGCUCAACCGAACCGCCGGGGGCUGGUGCCUCUCUUCAGCGCUGUACGCCAAGGACACUGGCAGAUCGUGGAUUUGCUGCUGAAUCACGGAGCAGACGUGAACAUGGCUGAUAAGCAGGGCCGGACUCCUCUCAUGAUGGCAGCUUCAGAGGGUCAUGUAGAGACAGUGGAGUACCUGCUGGCUCAAGGUGCAUCUAUGCCCCUGAUGGAUAAGGAGGGGCUCACUGCUCUAAGCUGGGCGUGUCUAAAGGGACAUUUACCUGUGGUUCGCUGUCUGGUGGAGAGGGGUGCGGCCACAGACCAUGCUGACAAGAACGGGCGUACACCCCUCGAUCUGGCAGCCUUUUAUGGAGAUGCAGAUGUGGUGCAGUUCCUGGUGGAUCAGGGUGCGCUGAUCGAGCACGUGGAUUACAGUGGGAUGCGGCCCCUGGACCGGGCUGUGGGCUGCAGGAACACGUCGGUGGUGGUGGCCCUCCUGAAGAAGGGAGCUAAAAUCGGAUGUCAGACGUUGCCGAGUCGGCACAGAGGAGGUCCAGCAACGUGGGCGAUGGCAACCUCCAAACCGGACAUCAUGAUCAUCCUGCUGAGAAAGCUCAUCGAGGAAGGAGAUGGUUUCUACAAGAAGGGGAAGGUGAAGGAGGCCGCCCAGCGUUAUCAGUACGCUUUGAAGAAGUUCCCUCGUGAGGGCUUCAGUGAAGACCUGAAGACCUUUCGAGAGCUCAAAGUGUCUCUUUUCCUCAACUUGUCUCGCUGCCGCAGGAAAAUGAACGACUUCGGGAUGGCGGAAGAGUUUGCUACCAAAGCUCUAGAGCUGAAACCCAAAUCUUAUGAGGCUUUCUACGCUAGAGCCCGUGCCAAACGCAGCAGCAGGCAGUUCUCCGAAGCUCUAGAGGACCUCAGGGAAGCCAUGAAGUUGUGUCCCAACAACCGUGAGAUCGUGCGGCUCCUGCAGCGUGUGGAAGAAGAGUGCAGACAAGUCACCCAGACAGAGGAGCCUGAACUGGAGCCCCCACCAUCUCCACCCCCAUCCCCAUUGCCUGUGGAGGAGGAGGAGGAACCACCUCGUCAUACCCCGCCCCCUGAACCACGACUGGAUGACAUGGAGCCUGUUCAGGAUCUGUUUGAAGACGAUGACUUCCUGGAACAGGAGCUGGAGGGCGUGUCUAUUGGCCUUCCUCCUGAACCUCGCUCCAACCCAUCUAGCCUGCCAAUCAUCCACAGCCCACCCCUCUCCCCUGUCCCUCAUGAGGCUGCCUACCUAACAGGAGGCCAGGCCUUUGAGUUUCACCCAAGCCCUACCUCCAUGUCAUCCCCCACACACCAGAGCUACCAGUCCACCUCACCAUGCGUCUCUCCCACACACCAGAACUCCCAUUAUCGCCACAGCCCUCCACAUACCUCUCCUGCCCACCAGGCCUCCUACCGCUUCAGCCCUCCCCCCAUGGGCAGUGGGGGUCAGGGGAUGGACUAUCAGAGCCCCCCACCUUCCCCUCUUCGUCGUGGGGCAUCGUACAGAGCCAGCCCACCUAUGGAGACCGUAUGUCUUUACCGUUCCCAAUCGGGAUCUCCUGUCCGCUACCAGCAGGAGCCUUUACCCAGCCGACCCAAGUCGCCCCUGUCCAAGAUGAGCAGUCAGCGCUCCUUCCAGCUCCAGUCCCAACAGUCCCAGUGCUCGCAGUCCUCCCAGCACCACCAGGCCCAGGGCCAUCGGUUGCAGCCUUCUGUGGCCCAGAUAGUGCGCACCAGCCAGCCUGGGAGUGGUGUCUACGGCCAGCUGGCCCACCCGCUCAGCAGCAGAUACCAGGGCACAUCCAUGGAUGUGGAACGGGAGAGGGAGCGAGAGGCCCGGCUGGUGUACCAACCCUCCCUGGAUGGAAGGUCCAUGUCUCAGGUGCAGUCCAGCCUGAGUGUGGGGGCCCUGUGUCAGCACGGGGGGCGAGGCGGGCCUGGUGGAGUCCUUGAGACUGGUGUGGUGAAAGACGAUGUCCCUCAACGGCCAGCAUCAGCCUACCGCUCUGCGACCGGAGGUCCGGGAGGCAUGCGAUUCAGCCAGACACCCCAGAUCAGCCGCAGUCAGUCGGCAGCAUACUACCCUGUCUCCAAGCAUGAGCUGGAGAGGGCUGUGGCGGUGUCCUCCAUGCCCCCCUGUCAGCUGGGCUCACCAGAGAUCCCGCACCUGGUGCGUCGGCCCAUCAGUGCGAACACAGGAGACCUUAAGCAGCAUGUGCCCACCCCUAGACCCCUCAUCCACUCUCAGAGCGUGGGUCUGCGUUUCUCCCCCUCCAGCAGCAACAUCUCCUCAGGCUCCAGCGCUAACCUAGGCCCUGGCUUCAGGCCUUCUUCCUCCAUGGCCCAGAUGGAGAUCCCACUGCAGGUGGCAUACGAGCGCAGCUUCGACGAGCCGUCCUCGCUCUCGCCGUCACAGGGUGGCCUGUACCCCAGCGAGCCGGCCCGCUCCAGGACCACACCCUUCAUGGGCAUCAUUGACAAGACGGCACGGACUCAGCAGCAGUACCUGCACCAGCCGUCACGUGCCUGGCCCCUGGACAACGUCAUCACCAGCCCCACGACACCGGGGAACCUGAUUCACCAGGCAUCCACUGCUUCCUCCUACAGCCCGCCCACUUCGCUAGGCAACAUCGCCUACUACAACAAGACCAACAAUGCCCAGAAUGGACACAUGCUGGAGGAUGAGUACUACGUCCAGCCGCAGCCCUCGUCCCUGGGCAAGCUGGCCAACGGUGGGGCCCGCGAUCGGGAUCUCCUAGAACGGGUUAGUCAGGUGCCCACGUACCAGGAUGUGAAGGUGGCACGGACGAUGCCCGUUGCGCAGGCAUACCAGGAGAACAUGUAUCGCCAGCUCUCACGUGACGCUAGGCAAGGCCCCACCUCGCCCAUCAAACCAAAGAGACCCUUUGUGGAGUCAAACGUGUAAAGAGGCCAGUGAGGCGUGAAGAGUGUCUGAUGAAAGAAUGAGUGCGUGAGUGAGACGAUGGGACAAGGCAAUUAAAAACAAGUCAGUAUUUGAAACUCUUUAACAAACAAGGGAGGGUAAUGACAUUAUAAUAUAUAUAUAGGGUAAUGCAGCUUCAUAAGAGAUACUGCUGAUGCCCCAAUCUGUGCCUAUUUCAGAUGCAUUUGAGGCAUCAGCUUGUUCUAGUAUCGAGGUAUAGAGCUUUAGAGCUCGAGUCAAAGACUUAAAGACAAUGGGAUCAAAUAUGAUACUAACUACUGAAUGUUCUACACAGCUCUGCACAUUAUUGCGAAAGCACAUUUAUGAACCUUCCCUGAAUCAAAGCCACAAACGCACAGAUUGAGGAAUAGUUGCAGUUCUUACCCAUAUGAGUGCGAGUGCGUGUCUGAAGUGGAUAAGACUGCAUGAGUCAGCGACUCAUCGUGAAUCUACGUGCUCAACUCCUUCCCUCUCUCCACUAGGCGAUUUCAAAACCGGACUCCAAGGCCUUCCACAGCAUAUAAUGUUGGAUCAAUGCUGUCUAAUAAAGAAGAAAACCUCUCAAACUCUGUCAGAAAUAACUAACCACUAAGCUGUAGUCACAGAAAGAAAACAAAGGAAUAUUUAUAACUGAGUUAGAUGUAUAGAAAUAUCAAAAUAUGAACCGUUUCUGUGUUUUGUUUUAUUUCGGGUUGUCUUUAUUUUUCUAUCUUUUCUUUUUUUUUUUUUUUUAGAGAAAUGGUAACUAAUAUUUUGGAAAAAUGCAAAUUCAGAGUUUAUGGAUUAAGAGAGGGGGAAUGUACAAACUUUGAGAAACGCUUCCCGAUAAGGAGACUAUUCCUGACGUGCAGCUGCAGAGCUUGUUUUGUUGUUUCUAAGCUUUUCUACCAGUUUGUGCACAACGAUGUCGAAGUAAUCAUUCGUGGAGGUUCUAAAAAGAUGAGAACAAAUGGACUAUUUAUAAACAUCACGUGGGUCAAAGGUUGUACAUGCCCCGCUCCACAACGCUUCAGGGGACUGAAAGAGAAUUAAUAGUAUACUGAUGUUUUUUUCCGGUUAACAGUUACUGUAUUGCUGUCAGUUAUGAAAAGCAUUAGUAUAUUUAGUAUAUUUAAAGUAUUUGUUUUAACCUUGAACAUUUCAGUGAUAUUUUUAAUUACUUUCUUGCUGCACUGUCUGCCUGUGAAAGUUCAGAAGAAAGAGAGCACUUUAUUAAUUUCACGCUGAUGAUUGUGAAUCAUUUUUUGGGUUGGGAGGUGAUUAAUGUAGGUAUACAAUGGGAAAAACUAACAAACAUACAGUAAACACUGGAAAAUUUUGUGAAUUAGGUGUCCUACUAGAAAAAAAUACAAAAUAGCAGUUCUUGUCUUUGGUGCAAUUCUGAUUUUUUUUUUCGAGCAAAUGAAUAAGCAGUAAUUUAAAAAGAGCAAAACUAUGUUUUUAAAAAGAUAUGAAAACAUGUAUAUAAUAGCCUUUAUAGAGCGCAUUGUAUUUGCUGUAUAUACUAGCCAAAUGUGUUUAUGCGUAUGAAUUAAUUCCUAACCCUCUUAUAGCUACGUUCCAGGGUUACGGCUGCCGCUCGGGAGCCAAAACUGCGAAUGCAGGAGAUUAACGGUGGGCCAGAGGGGAAUAGUUGAAGCUCGAGCCCCCUCAGAUGUGGACCAGGGUUUAGUAGCAUCCACUCCUGAAAAGGAACGGCUCGAGAGAGGUAGUGUAUUUUUAAUAUUUGAGGCGAUUAGCAUAAUUUCCGGAAAAAAAAAGCUCUCCGCAGUGGAAUGCAAUAUAGCCAAUGUGCAGUGUUCAAACUGUGUCUUUGGUCAGAUGUUCUCAAUAACGUACUCUGGACAGCUGCUGUCCCGAGCCUGUCCAUACAGUCAGAUAUUUCCACUAAUAACUCUUCAUCCCAGCUCAUGCAGACUUGCCACAAUCAAGAGGUGCCUGUUAGUUCUGCUGAAUGACUGUAGACAGACAUUCUAAAUUCAAGGGGGCUGCAAACGUCAGUCUCUAGGAAGGGAUGUUUUUUCCCCGAUGUAGAUUACUUUGCUGUAAAUACCGAUGCAUGUUUUAUCCACCCGUGAGCAAACCUGCUGUUUAUCUGAAGCGAGAGGAAGAAUGAAGUCGGUGCCCAAAUAACUCUUUCCGCCCUCGCAUUUCUCCACACGUUAAUCGACACAAACUACUGACCUCUGAAGGGUUGAGCUGAGGUUUUUUUUUUUUGCAUUUGAGUUCAUUUUAAUGUACUUGCUUGCUGAGCUGAGUUCUCUUGUCUGUAAAUGUGAGCUUUCAGAGCGCUGUGACAGUUUAAUGACAACAAUAAAACAGAAUGUGUUUUUAUCACA